UACAAACACCGCUUUUUGUUUGCAAACAAAUCAGGUACCGGUGAAAUGCGUUUUCGAUCUCCAUUGUAGUUUGAAUAACGAAACAAACGAAAGAUUAAAAUUGCAAUGAACAAUGACUCAAUCAUCGUCAGCCGUCUCUAAUCGAAGUACGGCGUACAUAUCUAAUUUGCCGUUCGACCUCACCAACAUCGAUGUGCGUAGGAUACUCGAAAAGCACGGUCAGAUCGCAAGAGUGACAAUCCUUCGUGAUCGACAAACGAGGAAAAGUAAGGGUGUUGCCUUCGUUCACUUCUCGAACGCAAAGGAGGCAGACCAGUGCUGCACGGCGCUGGACAAUGUAGAGAUGUUUGGCAGAACGCUAAAGGCAAGCAUCGCCAAGGAUAACGGCAAGGGCGGUGAGUUUGCCAAACGACGUGACUAUCCGGACAAGAGCCGAUGCUACGAGUGUGGUGAACAGGGACACAUCAGCUACAAGUGUCCGCGAAAUGUGCUGGGAGAUAAAUCACCUCCCAGGACGAAGGAUCAAAAGAAGGGCGGAAAACGACAGAUCGGUAAGCAGUCGCGAUCCGAUGGCGUUGGACUGGGUUGGGAGAGUGAUGAAGACGAACGGCUCAGGAGGAUCGUUGAGAAUCAAGAGCAAGGGAGUGGAAAGGGAACCAAAAGAGUUAAAUACAAGAAAAGUGCCUACUUCAGCGAUGACGAGGAAGUGGAUGAUGAUUAAGUUGAUGGUAUAUAGCUCCGUAGGCGGUAGCGAAUAGCGAAAUGAGGGAGUGUAUAUUAAUACGUGUUGAAGACCAAAUACAGCUUUUAUGGAACUGCAAACAACUACAGUAAUCGUUCGCUAACUGGUCCUGGUUUAACUGGUCUGCUAUUUAACUGGGCGAACGUUAACUGGUCCUUGGACCAGUUAAAAAGCACAAUUUCGUAAACAAUCGACGCCAUAUUCAAAUGGAAGAUUUGCUGUGAGGGGCAUUCGAAUGUAAUUUUAAAUGUUAUGAAAGUUGACAUUAUUUUCGCACGACAAAAACAUUGAUUAAACUACAGAAAAACAAUUUUCUCAAAUCAUAUAUCAUACCUGUUGUCGCACUCAAUGCGAAACUUCCAUUGGAAUCCUUUUAUUUAUCCAAUUACAGGAACUAAGCGAAUCAAACAAUUCAUUGAAGUUUCCCUCGAUUUUAUUUGACGUUUAACAUGCCGGACCAGUUAAAACGCGAAUGUCGAUAAGUGGUCUUCUCUUUUCGCCCAGUUAGUGAAUGUUUACUGUAUAUGUUGCAUGUAAGUUUAGGUACAGUAGAAACCCGAUUAUCAGCGAGUGGAUGAUCCGCGGUGCGGACUAUCCGCGAGAGCGAGUUUCAUAAUAAUUCCUUAGAGCUUCCCGAAAUUUGUCAGUGAGAGGUAGGCACUUGCUCCUUUGUUUUGCUCAUAACUUUCACAUUAUCUGACCACUGGUGUACCCAAUCAUUCAGAUGGAUAGCUUAAUGAUUCCUAUAUUGAUAACACAUUGUUUACCUGCUAAACAUUUUUUAUUUCCUGUUUGCACCUCAUUUUUUGUUUAUCGCGUUAUCCGCGAUUUUCGUUAUGCGCGACUUUCAUCAUGCGCGUGGCCUUUCCAGACUAUUUCGCAGAUGAUCGGGUUUCUACUAUACAAUGAAAAAGGUGUUGUCAAUUUUGUAUACUACAAUUCUAGAAGUAUUUAAUAAAAUCAUGU